AGAAAAAAAUUGGUGACGCCAUACCAAGACCCCGCCCCCUUCUUUGGAGCGGAGAGACUUCUACUGCGGAAGCUCGGGCCAAUCAGGAGGAAGGCCCCAGGAUGGCUUGGUGAUGGGGACGCGGCCGAGAGGGCCUCCUGGUCAGGAUUCCUCCCAGGUGCUGCGGAUGGAGGCGUGGGGUAGCCUUGGAACCCCAUAGACUAGUUUCGAAUCUCAGCUCUGCCAGUUAUUAGCCUGUGACUUUGAGUCUGACAAGAUGUACCAGGUCCCACUGCCACUGGAUCGGGAUGGGAUCCUGGUUCGGCUCCGCUUCACCCUGGUGGUCCUGGUUACGGUCUGCUGUCCAUUUAUCGCCUUCCUCUUCUGCAUCCUCUGGUCCCUGCUCUUCCACUUCAAGGAGACAACGGCCACACACUGUGGGGUGCCCAAUUAUCUACCCUCGGUGAGCUCAGCCAUCGGCGGAGAGGUGCCCCAGCGCUAUGUGUGGCGCUUCUGCAUUGGCCUACACUCAGCACCCCGCUUCUUGGCGGCCUUCGCCUACUGGAACCACUACCUCAGCUGUGCCUCCCCGUGUCCUGGCUACCGCCUGCUCUGCCGCCUCAACUUUGGCCUCAACGUUGUGGAGAACCUCGCACUACUAGUGCUCACCUAUGUCUCCUCCUCUGAGGACUUCACCGUCCACGAAAAUGCUUUCAUUGUGUUCAUCGCUGCUUCCCUCGGUCACAUGCUCCUCACCUGCAUUCUCUGGCGGCUGACCAAGAAGCACACAGUAAGUCAGGAGGAUCGCAAGUCCUACAGCUGGAAACAGCGGCUCUUCAUCAUCAACUUCGUCUCCUUCUUCUCGGCACUGGCUGUCUACUUUCGACACAACAUGUAUUGUGAGGCUGGAGUAUACACCAUCUUUGCCAUYCUGGAGUACACUGUCGUUCUAACCAACAUGGCAUUCCACAUGACAGCCUGGUGGGACUUCGGGAACAAAGAGCUGCUCAUAACCUCUCAACCGGAGGAAAAGCGAUUCUAACACCUCUGCUGCUGGGAGAAAGUAGCCCACUGCCUAGAAACAAGAAACCACUCUUGCCUUCCCCAUACCCGUGUCCUCCUGGGUCCUUCUGAAAUGGGGGAGAGGGAAGAAGGGCAGAAGGGCAUAGGACAAGGCUGACCCAAGCAUCGCUGGCUUCUCCUCCUCAACCCUCACACAGCCACAGGGGCCUUCAAGUAACGUCAAUCUAAACUGACAGGCCCCAAGAAGCUGAGCUGGAAGGAGAGCUCCACCACUUGGUGCUAAAAAAAGUUCUGAGGUUUAUGACCACCAUCCAAUUUUUGGCUUUUACCUAGCCACCUCUCACAGAGGUUAGGGACUGCUGAGCAGUGGCUGCAGCUUCAAAACCAUAGCCAUUUCUCUCCAGGUCAUUCACUUGACUAGUAUCUGAUAAUCUUCCAUGCACAUUUAGGCCUGUGGCUGUAGUCCCCUGCUGGGUUUGCCCAAGUGUUUUAGUCCUGACUUCACUUCUUUAGUCUGGUGUGGGCCCUAAGGUGUGUAUCCUUACCUAUCUGAGCCUCAGUGUGUCCAUGUGUAUGAUGUGAGGAGGUGGCAGUGUGUGAUCUCCAAUGGCUCUGCCAGUGUGGUUCUGACAUCAUCUGAUGGAAGUGGUCUAUACCUGAAGGAUGA